AUGGGCGACCCUUCAGAAGUAAUCACCUUGUCGGACUCGGACGAUGAUCUCAUGGUCAUAGAGGAAAAAAUCAUUAGCAAUCCACGUUCCGUGGACAAUGGACAAGGAGCAACUGUAAAUAUCUCCAAAGUCAAGCAAUUGGACAUUGAGCAACUCGGUUUUAAACAGCCCACAGUGUCAUAUAUUGGAAAUCAACCACAAACAUCAGUGGUCAGGAAUACGUCGAUGCUGGUGCCGAGGAAUACUAGAAGUUUCAUUGGAGGAGCUUCGUCGUCCCGGGCGCAACCUACUCAGACUACUGUGGCACCCACGAGUCGUGAUCCGUCUGCUCUACAGAGACCAGUUAGAUCUAUUCCAGUUGGAUCUGCUAUAAGAUCCGGAGCAAGAUGCUCUCCUGCUGCUGCAUUGCCGAAGCCAACCCAACCUUCAUCAUCUCGCACACGCAACGCUUUGAACAAUGGACAUUCUGUAUAUCGAGGACAUUUCAUGUUUGAAGCAACUGAAAAAUUUGAGCCAUCGAGGCGCUCGUCUCGACUGAAUUCAAAAAAAAUCGAAGGAAAAUUUGUGUGUUCUUACAACAAUACGAGUUGUCAUGAUCUUUGUGACGGAGCUGUAGGAUUUAUCAAUCAUACAUGGUCUCAUGUUAUUCAUGAUCCUUUAGAAUCAAUGAAGCGAAAAGAAGCACAAGAAAAUGGUUUAUACAUGCAUUCCACUGACUUUGCUGCGCUUUCAACGAAUAGUACAAUGGCGUUGAUGAAGAUGAGAACUUGCGAAUACUGUAACGUAGGUUUCAGUUCGAGGUAUUUCAAACAACAACAUGUCGUAAAAUGCCACUUGAACCAAGGAGAAUCUAAUACUGUUUGCAAUAUAUGCGAGCUGGAUUACGAGACUCCAAAGAAAUUGGAAGCACACUUAAAUCUGCACCCUGCAGGAGAAAGUCCAUAUCACUGCAAAAAAUGCAAGUAUCGCACUUCAGUUCGUCUUUACCUGUAUGAUCACUUCAUCGAGAAACACAUCAAUGAUGCUCUUAUAUGUCCUCUCUGCCUGUACCAAGAAGAUCUCAAGACUACCGUUCGGCACAGCAAGCAUAUUUUUGUCCCAUCUUUUGUGGAUCACAUGCGAAAACAUGCAGCAAACACAUCAUUCCGGUGUCGCAUGUGUGCUCUUUCUUUCAGUGAACGUAAAGAACUCGAUGCACAUCGUAUCAAUGAUCACACUCGCCUGAACAAUCUGUGGGCAGUCACCGAACGACCAGAUAUCUGCAAAGGGCGCAGGGAACGUAUUAUAAGACGUCCAAAAGUAAAUGGAAUCGAAAAAAAGUUUCUGAAAACCACUGAAGGUCGUCGUGUAACUGAUGAGAUAUCGUGCGACGGAAACAAAGAACGGGCGGGUUAUGAUUCGACAUCAAAUGGAAAUACACUCUUAAAAUGUGAAUGUGGAUUUAGUUCGUGGAAUGGAAAUAGGAUGGCUUCACACCUUCAUAGAUGCCAAAAAUCUAUAAAAAGCGUCGAGCGCCACAGGGAAGGUGCUCGGAAUGGAAACGAUCCUGCAGAAGAAUUAGAAAUGUUUGCUGUUAUUCCACAACCUACAUCCACGGAAAUUGAAACUAAGGCAUUGGAGGAAGAGAAUCUGCGAAAACUACAUUUGGAAAAAGAAACUCCGAAUAAAAUCCGGACGAACGAUAUUUUUUUUGAGCCAAUCGACGAUUUGAUUUUGCUGAAAUUGUUGGCUAAUGAUAACAAAGAUAACGGUACUCAAAUUAUCAAUGCCUGCAUUUUGAGCAUCUUGGAAUGUGAGAUGAACUAA